AUGAACAUACAAGAAGUUGUCCAGAAGCAAAGCCUAAGUCUCAUGAUGAAUUAUAGUGUCAACUAUCUUCCCCCUUUGAAUCAUGAAAAGGAAUACGAGAUACACUUGCUUUAUGAGUACACCUCUCUCUGUUCUUCUUCAGAAUGUAAAGUUAUCAGGAGCUUUACUUUUCUUAUCUCCACUUUUGGACUUGUGGGGAAUGGGAUUGUCAUCUGGCUUCUUGGCUUCCACAUUAAGAGGAAUCCUUUCACAACAUUCAUCCUGAAUUUGGCUGUUGCUGACUUUGGGGUCCUCAUAUACAUGGUUAUUGAAUGUAUUGUUUAUAUGAUGCUUUUAUUUUCUAACAGACAUGCAGUUUCAGGUUUUUAUUCUUGGUUGGCAGAAUUAUUAUCAGUCAGCAUCUUUCUCUUCUUGCACUUCACUGGCCAAUUUCUACUGACAGCCAUCAGCAUUGACAGGUGUGUCUCUGUCCUCUUCCCAAUUUGGCAUAAAUGCCACCGCCCGACCUAUUUGUCUACUACUGUUUGUGCCAUUCUAUGGGUCACUUCCUUCCUGUUUUGUCUAACUCCCUACAUUGCCAUUCUAACUAAUAUAUAUGGACUAAUAUACAUAAAGUUUGCUGUGCCUCCCUUGCUUUGCCUCCCACUCAUGGUUAUCUCUUCCCUGAUCCUCUUCAUCAAAGUCUGCUUUAAGUCACCAAAACAUAAACGGGGGAAGGCCUUAACUGCCAUUUCGCUUACUCUGCUCUUCUUCUUUAUAUUUGUUAUUCCAGUGAUUGCUUGUCUUUUCAUCUCCAGUUUCAUAAUUCGUCAUUUAAAAUAUCACAGUAUAACUCAGUACUCUUUCCUGGGUGCAUCUCUAAACAGCAGUGUUAACCCCUUCAUUUAUUUCCUGGUUGGAAGACAAAAGAGAGGCCAAAGAAGGGAGAGGUUGAAAAAUAUCCUUCAAAGGCUUUUCAAGGAGGAGGAGGAGGAGGAGGAGGAAGGGAAUGGGGCAGAUAUGGAUUCCCCAGUUUAA